CUGCGGGUGCUCUGAUACAGGAGUAUGUACGCUAGGGCGAAGAGUAAAUAACGCUAAGGACACCUAUUACACAGCAAUACUUACAAGUGGCCCGAUUGUCCUGAAGUAUGCUAUAACCCUGGAAUUCCCAGUGUUAUGGGAAUCCAGUGAGCUACAGCUGGGACACGAUGCACCGCAGCUGUCAAUCAUCUCUACAGGAAGAAUCAGGAAAUUCAAAGUUUCAUCCUCCUCCUCUUCUUCCUCUGCUGUGCGGUGUGUGGUGGAUCAUUUAAAGGAAUCAGACAGAGGAAGGGGACAGGAUCGAUCACAUGAUGACUAACAUACACACACACUCCUCGGAUCUAUAGCUCAGACCUGGGUUUAGUGAGUCAGCCUCAGGUCCGGGACUGACGGAGCGACAUGGAGCGCAGCUGCCAGGACUGGAUGUCAGCUUUACCCGAGGAGCUGUGGGACGUUCCUCUGACUGACCUGGCCAUACCUGGGAGCCACGAUGCCAUGAGUUACUGCCUGGACUACAACUCCCCCCUGGUCCCAUCUGAAUCAGACUUCUUCAGACUCCUGGAUCGACUUUUCUCCUGUUUUACCAGACCUGCCAUAUUUAAGUGGGCUACAACACAGGACAGAAGCGUUGAGGAGCAGCUUUCGAUGGGGAUUCGCUUCUUUGAUCUUCGCAUUGCACACAAACCCAACGACCCAUCCAGCGACCUCUACUUCACACACGUCAUAUACACACACCUAACAGUUGUGGAAACACUGUCGUCCGUCGCCACCUGGCUGGAGUCUCACCCAAAGGAGAUUGUAAUUCUUGCUUGCAGCCAUUUUGAAGGAAUCGGCGAUAAACUCCAUAUAUCGUUCAUUUCCUCCCUGAAGAAGCUGUUUGGAUCAAAACUCUGCCCCCGGAAGGAAUCAGACCUGACCUUGCGGAGUUUGUGGGCAUCUGGUUACCAGGUCAUCCUGUCUUACGAGUCCCAGGCUGCAGCGAGAUAUCAGGAGCUGUGGCCUGCCAUCCCUUACUUAUGGGCCAACAAGCAGACAGCACAGGGAGUAAUCAGUUACCUGGACUGGAACAAAGACCUGGGACGUCCAGAGGGCUUCUUCGUCUCUGGCCUGAACCUCACAGCUGAUCGGUAUUACAUCACCAAGAACCCGAAGCAAUCUUUGCGGACGCUGACUUUCAGUAACUGGGAAUGUUUGAGGAGAUGGCUGGAGGAGCAGGUACCUGGGUCAGACCCCAAGAGCCUCAACAUCAUCGCAGGCGACUUUGUGGGUCCACUGCCACUCUGCUCUCUGGUCAUCGGACUGAACAAAAAGCUGCUACGGAAGAGUGCCGUCAGCUAAAAGAACAUUUUUACUCCAUGGAAACUGAUCCCAAAAAAACCACUGUAUACCUCAUUUUCUAUUUUUCAAUACUUCUGUCCAUCUAUAAGCACUUUUGUCUACAUUAAAGGAACACUCCGGCCCCCAAAUGACCAUUUGAAUAUUAAUUACUCGCCCCGUGUUACCGUGAAUUUGUGAAGAACGCUUUUGUUUUCUUACGUGCCUUCAGUGAACAAAGAAUCCAAAAACUGAGAAAUUUUUAAUGAACUGAAGUCGUUGGGGUCCACGCUUAACAACAGCAAAACUAUAUCAAAACAUCAGUUUACAAACUCGACACAACUUGUAUUAUACUACAGUUAUACUCAUGCAGUAUAAUCCAAGUCUCAGUAUCCAGCUGUAUGCUCAGUACUUCCCACACAGUCAGCUGUUUCCGACGGGGAACCAAACUAAAAGUGAAACUCAUCUAUGCUCUCGUCUAUGCCAAAGUCCAUUGAGAAAAACAGUGAUUUAACAUUGCUAAACACAGGAGCUGCUGGUCUAUACUGCCUCAAUUAGUUAGUUUGUUUGUGUUAGUGUGUGAUUUUGGUGUUCAUUCAAAUUCACUAAAGUUGCAUGAUAACACAUAUAAACUACUAAUUGAGGCAGUGGUAGACCAGCAGCUCCCAUGUUAAGUGAAGUAAAAUUACUAUUUUUGUCAAUGGAGUCUGGCCUUGAAAAGAAAAUAGAAAAGUUUCACUUUUAACUCAGUUUAAAUACUACGAUUUUAGCAAAAAUUAAUGUGUUUGAGAAGCACUGUGCAUACGACUAGAUAAAUGAGACUUUGAUUAUGCCGCAUGAGUUGUAUGAGAGUUCGUAAAUGAUUGUUUUAAUAUAAUUUUGCUGUUGUAAAGUGGACCCCGACGUCAAUUCACCACAAAUUAUCUCAAGUUUUAGAUUGUUCAGUCCCCAAGACAUCUGAGAAAAGCGUUUCUUCACAAAUUCAACGUGACACAGGGUGUGUCAUUGAUGCACAAAUCGUCAUUUGGGGGUGAAAUUCUUCUUUAAGACUGGAAAAUCUAUAUUGACUAAUCUCUGUUAAGAUGCUUUUUCCACCAAAAAACAUUCUGUAUGUUUUGAAUCUACAGCUCUGAUGUGCAAUGUGUUUACAAGAACGUACAUUAUUCUUUUACAAAAUUAUAUUUUCCGAUAUUUUAAUGUACUGUACAAUACAUACAGUCUUUAUUAAAGAUGUUUGUGGCACA